AUCUUUCAUCCUCUAUCUCUCCUCCACUUUCUCUCAAUACCUUGUGAAGUUUCUGUAGUCCGAAUCAAUGGCAAGACUUGCCUUUUUCUUGGUAUCGUCCCUCUCCAUCUAUUUCCACUUCACAGCGGCCGCGACUACUGCUGCUGCCACGAGUACUUCCAGUUACGCAAACUUCGUCAAGUCUUCGUGCAGCGCCGUGCAGUACCCCGCCCUCUGCGUGCAGUCGCUCGCGGCCUAUGCCUCGACCAUCAAGCAGAGCCCGCAGCAAUUGGCCCAGACCGCCUUGGCGGUGAGCUUAGCCCGGGCUCGGUCCACCAAGGACUUCGUCGUGAGAGCGGCCAAGUUUAGGGGCCUCAAGGCGAGGGAGUAUGAAGCCAUAAAGGAUUGCUUGGAGGAGAUGGACGAUAGCGUGGACCGGCUCGCGAAGUCGGCGAAGGAGCUCAAGAGCGCAGGCGGAUCCAAGGGCCAGGAUUUCCUGCGGCACGUGAGCAAUGUCCAGACGUGGGUCAGUGCCGCGUUGACAGACGUGACUACUUGCCUCGACGGGUACGCGAGCGCAGCCCUGAAUGGCCGGUUGAAGACUUCGAUCAGGUCCCGCGCGCUUAAUGUGGCGCAGGUCACCAGCAACGCGCUCGCUUUGGUCAACCGAUACGCCUCGAAGCCGUGAUCAAGCAAACGCACCACGAAGCCGUUACGAUGUUCCGUCGGAGAAUUUUGGGAUGUAUUUUCCAUAGCGAUUUGGAUCUUGAUGCAUGUACACAUGAUCUGGUAUGAAAGUCAAUGACUUUGGGUUCUGUCGAAA